AUGACUGAGGUUAUCGCUCCGCUAGGCUUUACGGAGCCUCUGCCGGUGCGGUUGAAGUUCCAUGCGAACGACAGAACCGGAGAUGUGCUGAACACUGUCCCCCGUGACGCAAGGAUCGAGGAUGCCAGAAGUCGAAGCAAGCCGCCGUCACUCGACGUCGAAGGGUUCACGCUCAUCACACACCAGAGCAAGGUGCAGAACUUCCGUGAUACAGAGGAGGUUGAGCGCGUCUACGGCGAGGAAAUCCGCCAGCUCCUUUUGGAGCUGACUGGAGCGGAUGGAGUGGAGAUCAGAGGUGCAGCCGUGCUUCGGUUUGGCGAACGCUCACAGGACAGCGGCGCACACAACAAUUCGCGUCCCGGUCGCUUCGUUCAUAUAGACGCGAGCGACGCCGCCGCCGGCUUCUUCAACUCUCAGUUAGCAGUGCCAGAGGGUAGACGCCUCAAGCGCGCUGUGCAAUACAACGUCUGGCGUUCGAUCACGCCGCCCCCACAGGACGUGCCACUGGCGGUUUGUGAAGCAGGCUCAAUCGACCCGAAGGACUUCGUCUUCGCCGAUGCUUUAUUCGACACCGAUGGCGAGAUCCUCAUGUCGUUUGAGUCCGUGUUGUUACAAUACAACCCCAUGCAGCGCUGGGUUUUCUUCGCCAACAUGCGUCCAGACGAGGCACUAAUCUUCAAGACCAAUGAUACUCAGCCUGGUACCGCACACCAUGUUCCGCAUGGCGCCUUCGACGACCCGAAUUGUCCACCCGACACGCUGCCGCGCGCUAGCGUUGAGAUGCGCGCCACCGCUUUUUGGUACGAAUGA